UUUUACGUGAACGGAGCCAAUGAGCCUAUUCACUGAAAAGACUCGGAAUGCCCAUCACUAGUGGCAAGUGCACUAAACUAAUCUCAAAACAAACCUCGGAGGAAUUCAAAAUGACUCAAGCAAUAGACACAAAAGUGGUGGCUUUGUGCAAGAAAGGAAAGGAUGACAGCCGAGAUGGCUUGGUCCAAAUCAGAAAAAGAGACUUGGAGAGAUUGACUACAGAGGUCAUGCAGCUCCGAGAGUUCUUACCCAAAGUAGUGAACGGAGACCUGAUUGAGAUGCUGCAGAAAGCCCGUGCUGCAGAGACAAUGAAGGAGCGCCUUGGUCAGGAACAGGAGCAACUGAGACAGGAGUGUCUGCACCUCCGCUCUCGCCUGGACGCAGCGCAGAGCGAGUGUCAGAAAGAGAGGGAGGAGAAGCUGGUUCUGAGGGAGCAGCUAUGGGAGAGUCGGGAGCAGCUGCAGCAGCAGGCGGAGUUCUGUACUGGGCUGGGGGCUGCCUCCUGCACCCUGCUAUGGAGCACCUCCAGUAAGGAGGAGGCAGUCAAAGACAUCCUGGCCGAUGGUAAGCUGCAGUCCUUCCUGAGCGUGGCGGGCCAGACCCUGGAGAGCUUUGUCAAGUCUUUGGAUGGGGAGGCCAAGGCCGAGCAGCAAGACUCCAACUCCCAUGAGCACCAGUUUGUCCUGGCGCUGGCCGGAGUCGUCACCAACGUGGCGGCGGUGACGUGUGGGCGGGACUACCUGUCCAGCUUCGCCCACGUCCUCUUGGAGACUCUGAUGCAGCUGCUGGAGCUCCUUAAGCCUGGGGUCUUCCCCAAACUCAAAGUGUUGAUGCUGAUGGCUCUGUAUAAUGUCAGUAUCAGUGUAAAGGGACUGAAGUAUAUCAGGGAGUUUCCAGGACUUCACUCUCUCAUCUGGACCCUUUUGGAAGACGGGGACUCUGAGGUAUGCCUCCACGCCCUGCGGCUGCUCCAGUCAGUGCUGCUGGAGGAGGCGGUGGCCCUGGUGGGGCCCGGGCUGCUGCUAGACGACCCCCUCAUCCCCCUGGAGCGCAUCCGCACGCUGGCCACCUCCAGCCGCCACCCGGCCCUGAGGCAGACGGCCCAGGAGACCCUGGAUGACCUGGGCUCCCUCCGCGCCUCCUUCCUGGACCCCCACGGCACCUCCUCCUCUGACCAAGUACAUGUAUAAAUACACCCAACCCAGUCAAACACACAGCACUAGCGACACGUCACACUCAUGUGAUGAUGAUGAUGAUGCUUUCAUACGGUUCUCUGAUGAGAGAGUUCUCUACUGAGGAGAGCUCCCAUGGUGCACUGUGGAAGCUGGGUCCGAACUCUCUCCUCAUUACGCGGUUCCAUCGUGUCCCUUUCUCGCUUUUCCACCCGGUCCUCGGACUUUGUCAGGUUGGUUCCGGACCAGUAGAACCCCAUAACUGUACAUAAGGGCUUCAUAACACAUUCAUACCCCAUACAUAGAA